AUGGACAAUUUGGUCUCAGAAGUAUAUUACAAGGUUAAUUUACAAAAUAAAAAGAAAUUUAACAUCAUUGCCGUUUCUAACGACAAACAUGUUUCAGUUUAUUGGGAGUACGAGGGGAUGAAUCAUAAUAUAUUCAUCGAUUUGAAAGGUAUGGUCAUCGAAGAAAAUGAGAGUAUGGAAAAAGUAAUUAAACCGGUUAUAAAAGGGGAUUUUUCGUUAGGUGGAUCCUAUCUUUUAACCGGUGAUUAUCUAAGUUAUAAGCAGGAUCAAAAAGAUAAUUAUAUCUUUUCCCUUUAUGAAGUCAACCCUCAGCAUUACAAAUGCAAAUCUACGUUCACAAUUUAUAGGUUGGCGUCGGUUUCCUUUUCUAGGCCUCUAUUGAAUGCCGAAUUAUUUGAUAAAUUGUUUUUGACUUACAAGGACACGAGAAUUUUAUCUCAAUGGGAUCUUUCUACAAAAAAUAAAUUGGAGAAACAGUAUCCUUUGGAUGUUGAUUUAAAAUCAACCGAGAUCAAGUAUUUAAUCAACGAAUCUUUCUUGGUGUUAUACGGACCUGUUAAAGACGAGGAUAUGUUUAAGAUUUGCGUUUACUCAACAGAAACAAGUAUUAUGAUCUCUGAUUAUAAAAUGGAAAAAGAGAUCACUCAUAUUAAUUUCCUUAACGUAUUUCAAACAGUAUGGUUAUUGAUCUCAAUCAAAGAUGUGUUUGGUGCGGAUAAAAAUUAUGAACAACACAUAUUAAGAAGUCCUUAUUCUCUUACUGAAGGUGUGAAUAUUACACCUCUACUAUCAAAAUUUAAUAAUCCAUUUUUUUAUUAUGAGGAAAUGGGGAUAAAAAAGGAAAGGGACGCCAGUGAGAGUGAAAAAAAAAAGGACACGAAAUGCGAGAGUGCAAGUGUAAAUAGUGGAGUAACAAAUACGGCAAUCACGGCAAUCAGUGGAGAGGUAGCAGAGAUGAUAGAGAUGAGAGAGGAUGGAAAAAAAGAAAAGAUUUUGAAAAUUAUAGAGAUAAUUGGGAAUGAGAUCUUGAUAAAAGAUUUUAGUUAUAAUACGCUUAAAGAUUUGAUUAUCAAUCCAACAAGAUUUACAAU